CUUUCCACGUGUUGGCCACGUCUCUUUGUCGAUUAACGCAGCAUGUGUUUCUUCCUACCGAUAUCUUAGUGUUCAUAAAUGACAAUGAUCUGACGGACUUUGGAUAUCCUCUCCCACACUUAUCAACUGAAACCCUUUCGGUAAUAUGCGAUUAGUCGUUUCACUACAACAAAGCUGGCCACAGCAGGUCAGACCAUGUCGUCACCGAUUCCAGAAACACCAUCCACUAUAGCAGAACCGUCGUCACUACUAAGAAUAGAAAGCGAAUCAAUACUAGGCGGUGAUGCGGAAUGGAAACACGCGGAGCUUGAUUUGAGCGAAUUACGGUCUAUCCACGUUCUUCAUACCCAUACCACGACCCUGGAAUUACAUGAUCUGGAAGACAAAUUGCUCGAAUGCAACGCGCCGCUGACCUACGAUCCUUCUGAGACGAGAAUAUUCCUCACCAAAAUUCGAUCCAAACGCCGAGUAGAACUGGAGCUUCGAUCCCGUGGAGUUUAUAUCGAGUCAGCAGAAAUAGCGCACGAUGAGCCGCCCAAAAAGCGGACGAAGUUAGAUUCUCAGGCGACGCUAUCUCAGCUCUCUGUGGACCAGAGCGAGGUGGACGAAGGUGUUGAAUCCAAUCAGGACGACUAUGCCCAAGUGCUGAGAGUCGAUUGGUUGAAAGAUUCUCUCGCUGCCCAGCGACUUGAAGCGUUUGAGCCUUACCAGAUAUUGGCAGGACGCAUUGGACGGGCCGCUGAGCACGAUAUUGUUGCUGGAUCAUCUUCUUUAAAACCCGCACCAAAGCAUGCGACGCAAUCGAUACUAAUACGUGCUCGGGAUGACGCCCCAACCGCUUCUGGGAGAGAGCAUCAAUGCCCCUAUCGUGGCGGACAUUUUCACUCCCGAACCAAACCUACUAUAUCACAAAAGCGUCCUGCCCCCCCUCUCUCACUCACUCAAUCCACCACUGGCUCCGAUGACGAAGCAGCCCUUCCUCCCGCCCCUGACUGGGUCAGGGAGAAGCUCAUCUACGCCUGCCAGCGGCGCCAUCCACGCAGCCCGCCGAACACCGAGUUCAUCGCCCUCCUCAAGCGGAUCAAGCUCGCACGGAUCCUCACAUCCGACGAGAUCGGCGUGCGCGCCUAUAGCACGGCGAUUGCGUCCAUGUGCGCCUAUCCGCAUGUCAUGCGGCGGACGGCGGAGGUUGCGCGGUUGCCUGGGUGCGAUGGGAAAAUCUCCGCCUUGUGGCAGGAGUGGCAUGAUACUGGGAGCUUGCAGGCGGUGCAAGAGUUCGAGAAAGACGAAGAGAUGAAGGUAGUGAGGCUCUUCUAUGACAUUUGGGGGGUGGGCUCAACGACAGCGAGGCAGUUCUAUGCGAGAGGCUGGAGAGACUUGGAUGAUGUAGUGGAGUACGGAUGGAGCACGUUGACUAGAGCGCAGCAGAUCGGAGUGAAGUUCUAUGACGAGUUCUUGAUUCCCAUUCCGUAUGAAGAGGUGGAGCGGAUCACGGCCGUGGUUUUGGAGCAUGCGAAGAGAGUGAGGGAUGAGGGAGUGGAGGCCAUCGUGGUCGGGGGGUAUCGCAAGCGGAAACCGGACGUCAUGGACGUGGAUAUCAUUCUGACCCACCGAAAGCUCGACGUUACCGCUGGCCUUGUUACAGACGUGCUCGCCAGUCUCGAGGAGUCCGGUUACGUGACACAUACGUUGGUUCUAAGCGAACAUAAUACCUCCAGAGGCCAAUCGACGCUCCCAUUUCGAGGAAACCGUGGCACCAGCGGCCCACUGGGAACUGGUAUAGGAUUUGAUACCCUUGACAAAGCGUUGGUCGUUUGGCAGGAUCCGCAUGCUGCACGUGAGGAAGGCGAAAGAGACGAAAGAGUCGUGGAAUCGGCGGACGAGAAAGUUAUAAAAAACCCCCACCGUCGAGUCGAUAUCAUCAUCUCGCCUUGGCGGACGGUCGGAUGCGCGGUUCUGGGAUGGUCGGCCGACACGACCUUUGAACGCGACCUCCGGCGAUACGCCAAGAGCAAGAAGCACUGGAAGUUUGACUCCAGUGGCAUACGGAGCCGAGAGAACGGCGCCGUAAUCCGAGCAGAGGGACCAGAAGGAGUUCCGGAUGGCUUGGGAUGGCUGGAUGCGGAGAAGAGGGUGUUUGACGCGCUGGAAUUGGAUUAUAUACCACCUGAAGAGCGAUGCACUGGAUGAGGCCAAGGGAAUAUACGAGACUGGUUACAUACCGAAUCUCGAAGCCCAAUUUCGAAUGUCCUGUGGUGUCUCCUUUCCCUGUGCCAUGAGUGGUG